AUGGAGAAAAGAUUGGAUGAUAUGGCCGCGGCAAUCGACAAGCUCACCGCAGUCUUACGACGUGAGCCGCCAAUCACUAGAACAGGGGAACUACCGGUACGAAUGGGAAGACCAGCUCCACCCAUGGGAAUGCCGGCAGUUGGGCACCGUGGAUUUCCGGUUAGAGGACGGAGGCGAGCCACAUUGCUCCCGGAACUAUCUGAAUCUGAUGAAGAGUGGGACAGUUUCAUUCCAGAUGGCUUUUCAGAUUUUGACGUGGACUUGGGUGAACGGAGACAUCGCCGGCCUCUGGGACGUGAUCGAAACAAUGGUGAGUUUCAUGUGAAACUCGAUAUUCCUUUUUUUAAUGGACGAUUGCACAUAGAGGACUAUCUUGAUUGGGAACGCUCAGUGGAAAACUUCUUUGACUACAUGGAAAUUGAAACUGAAAAACAAGUCAAAUAUGUUGCCUGUCGGCUCAAGGGAGGGGAGUUUUAUUGUUUGUCGGUACGUAAUGAUUUAAACGAGACUACGAACCAGCUGGUAGCUCGUAACAUCGGGGGAUUAAAAGACAGUAUUCAGGACAAAUUGGAAUUAAAUUCCGUUUGGUCCUUGUCGCAAGCUGUAAACUUUGCACUAAAGGCUGAGAUCCAGUUGACACGGCAGUUGAGGAGCCAUUCAAACAGAAGAACAUUCGUGGACGUUGGAGCGGAACUUCCAAGACCACCUGGAACAGCCAUAUGGAAGACACCAACACAGACAGACAAUAGUGGAUUAGCGAACCAGAGCAAAUCGAUUACUGACCCGAAAGCUCCAAUGAGACCGAAAGCACCUUUUAGAGAAAAUCCUUAUCCUCGACCACAGGGCCUCAAAUGUUUCAGGUGUUUUCAACCUGGGCAUAAGUCUAACGAAUGCCCGAAUCGACAGCAGCUGCAAUUACUUGAAGGAGAGGAAGAUGUUGAUCAAGGUCAGUUGGAAGGAUUUAAUACCGAAGUUGAGGAUGUGGUAGGAGAUGAAGGUGACCCGUUAGUAUGUGUCCUAGAGAAAAUUCUAUUGGCACCGAGACAGCAAGGUAACUCUCAGCGCCAUGCUAUUUUUAGAACCAAAUGCACCAUCUCUGGGAAGGUAUGCGAUCUCCUCAUCGAUAGCGGGUGCACCGAAAACGUAGUCUCCCGGGCAGUUGUUCAAGCAUUACGAAUAAAGACUAUGAAAAAUCCACAUCCUUACAAGAUAGGCUGGGUGAAGAAAGGAAUGGAGAUUAUGGCGUCAGAAAUGUGCCGAAUACAAUUCUCCAUUGGUAAACACUAUUCGUGUGAGGUGUUGUGCGACGUGGUGGAAAUGGACGUGUGCCACUUGAUACUUGGCCGUCCGUGGCAAUUUGAUGUGGGGAAAACGACUCCGAUUGUUACCGCAUUCGAAUGGGCAAAAAGAUGGUUCGGAGACCAUCCGUCCCGUGCUCCAUUUAGUCACAGGCAACAGUUAUUGUCAAGCUGGAAGGAGGACACCCAACUAUUUGCUCUAAUCAUCACAGAGGCUGCUCCAGACGGCAUAACUAGUGGAGAUCAAACUACAAUUACGGCACUACUUGAACAGUUUCGAGAUCUCCUGCUUGAAACGCCCUCGACAUCCUUACCGCCCUUGAGAGCGUUACAGCAUCAAAUAGAUUUUGUGCCCGGAUCUACGCUUCCUAACUUACCACAUCAUCGGUUGAGCCCGAAAGAACAUCAGACUUUGCAACAGUUAGUGGAUGAACUGCUGAAGAACAAUUUAAUCCAGCCCAGUCUGAGUCCGUGCGCGAUUCCGGCCCUGUUUGUUCCCAAGAAAGAUGGAAGUUGGCGGCUGUGCAUUGGCAGCCGCCUAGAUCUUUGCAGCGGGUACCAUCAAAUUCGAAUCCGGCCUGGUGACGAGUGGAAAACGGCGUUCAAAACCCGCCAUGGUUUGUAUGAAUGGAAGGUGAUGUCGUUCGUGCUGUGUAAUGCACCGUCCACUUUUAUGCGGUUGAUGAACGAAGUCUUGAAGCCGUUCCUCAAUAUCUCGUGCGUCGCAUACUUCGACGAUAUUCUCAUUUUCAGUUCAUCUCUGGAGGAACACCGGACGCACUUGGCGGCCAUAUUCACGACCCUUCAACACAAUCAACUAUAUUUGAAUCCAAGUAAGUGUGCUUUUGCCGUCCAUGAAGUCUAUUUUCUUGGUUUUAUUGUAUCUGCCGCAGGAGUACAAGUAGACAACCAAAAGGUGGAGGCUAUCCGAAAUUGGCCAACUCCAAAAUCAUUUACGGAUGUUCGGAGUUUCCAUGGGUUGGCUAAUUUUUACCGACGAUUCAUCAAGAACUUCAGCACCAUAAUGGCGUCGAUCACCAACUGUUUGAAGUUAAAACAGUUUCACUAG